UUGUUCCUAAAACUUCCAUCCUUAUUUUGAUUCUUUUAGAUCUUCUAGCUAGACAAGAAAAGGGUUACAUCAGCCCAUUUUUAUAUUAUUCUUGAUCCGCAUUAUCAUUCACCAAUGUCCUCUUUUCUUUGAUUGAGUUCAAAACUUGUUUUUCAUGCUAUAUUUUGUUUGUCUUUUCUAUCAACAUUUUUUUGUUCCUCAUACAAAAAAAUAGAAAAAGAAAAAGGCAGAUUAAAUUAGUUUAUUACUUCCCCUUAUUCCAAUUUUUCUUGCUCCAAGUUAAAAUGGAUGACACCUUCGCCAUUUCCAACCAAAAAACUACAAUCCCAAAAGAAUACAUUUGGCCUCAGAAGGAUUUAGAUCUUGCAGAUGAAGAACUCAAAGAACCAGUUGUGGAUCUUCAAGGGUUCUUCAAUGGUGAUUUGGAAGGAACUCAACAUGCAGCAAAGCUUCUUAGAGCUUCUUGUUUGAAACAUGGAUUUUUCCAAGUGAUUAACCAUGGAGUUGAUCAAAACCUCAUUGACAUGGCUCAUCUUCAAGCUAAAGCUUUCUUUAAGCUUCCCAUGUCGGAAAAACAAAAGGGCAAGCAACAACUUGGAAGCAAAUGGGGGUUUUCCGCUGCUCAUGCUCAUCGGUUCUCGGCGAAAUUGCCUUGGAAGGAAAUGUUUACAUUUUUCUUCCAUCAAAAUGGCUCUAACGAUCUCGCUGCCGUCGAUUUUUUUGAGUCAUUCUUUGGGGAAGGAUUUGAGGAGAUCGGAUUGGUAUUCCAAAAGUAUUCUGAGGCUGUGAACAAAUUAUCUCUUUCGAUAAUGGAAAUUCUGGGAAUUAGCUUGGGGAUAGAUCGAUCUUACUUCAAGGAUUUUUUCGAAGAUGGAAAUGCAAUUGUGAGAGCCAAUUACUAUCCAACUUGCCCAGAACCAGGAUUAACCCUUGGGAUUGGACCACACAGCGACCCAACCUCCAUAACUGUUCUUCACCAAGAUGAAGUUGGAGGGUUACAAGUGUUUGUCGACAAUAAAUGGAAAUCUAUUCGACCAAGGCGUGAUGCUUUUGUCAUCAACCUUGGUGACACUUUUAUGGCGUUAACAAAUGGAGUAUACAAGAGCUGUUUGCACCGAGCAGUGGUGAAGAAGAAGACAGAGAGAGUAUCAUUGGCGUAUUUCGCGUGUCCAAAACAUGACAAAACAAUAAAACCUCCGGAAGAACUGAUCAAAGAAGAUGAGCCAAGAAAGUACCCAGACUUCACAUGGUUUGAUUUUCUUAGCUACACUGAACACUACAGGGCUGAUUCAGCUACACUCCAAAACUUCAUCAAAUCCUUACCUAUUUCUUCUUUCCAAUCUAAUUAGUAAAAACCAUUGAUUUUCUUCGUUUUUUUCUUGUCAUUGGGCCAAAGGGAUUCUUUCUCUCUGUUGUCCCACCACAAGAACACAUUAAUCUUGGACUGUUUCUUUUUUGUCUUCUCUUCUUAUUUCUAAAUUUAUGCGUCGGUUGAAUAAAUUUGGAUAGUAUGAUAGAACUCGAAAGAUCUAUUGCAGCAUUAGUAACAGUGUCCGAUUUUACAUUUGAUUCUAGUCUUCAAUCCAAUUUAUUUAUGUAGGACCGAUUUAAUUGUUGUUCUUCUCUGGCCCAUUUUAGUAGUUUGCUCUGUUGAACUGAUUUAGCAGUCAACAAAAUGUGAUUAUUAGUCACUGUUAUCAACAGUGGAUACUCUAUCAUAUGUAAAAAAAAUGUGAUUAUUAAAAAUUAGACUGAUG